AUGUAUGGCGGCAAGACCCCCUCCGUCAUCUCCGCAGCCACCAUGGCUCUCUCGCAUUCUCGCAGACACUACUCAGACCCAAGGAGGAUACACAUCCUUGGCGUCGGGAACAUCGGCCGCCUCUACGCGUCUCAUCUCAGGAAACACGCAGAGCUACCGCCAAUUACCUUGAUCCUCCAUCGAGCAGAGCCCCUGACAACGUGGACAAGCAAUCCCGGGAUCGAAAUCACCCGCCCUGACGGGCGCGUCGAGAGAACCGCCGCUGGUCUGGACGUGGAGUACUGGACGACAUCGCCACCUGCGCACGGGUACUCAAAGGAGAUUCCGCCAGUGAGGAAUCUCCUCAUCGCCACGAAAGCGUCAGUCGCCCUACCAGAAGCGGACAGGCUCCGUGGCUAUCUCGACGCGCAGAGCACCGUCGCCUUUGCGCAGAAUGGCAUGUCCAAGCUGUGGCCACCCCAUGGUGCCAUGUACACAUCCCACCGCUACGGCGAGGAGCACACGCCAAAUUUUGCCCACUGCAUCACUACGCACGGCGUCAUCUCGCUGGGCGAUUUCAGGUCGCGACACGCCUCGCUGGCCGACGCAAAGGCCGGCCUCGUCCUCCCGGGGGCCAGGCCGGCUGAGUCAGACUACCUGCUCGACAUGAUCACCUCGGCCCCGGGUCUGCUCUCGAGGAGGGUCGACAGGCAAGACUUGUGGGUGUUGCAGUUGGAGAAGCUGGUGGUCAACUCCAUCAUCAAUCCUCUCACGGCCAUCCUUCGACAGAAGAAUGGCGUGCUCUUUGACGACGAAGACGGCAUCCUGUCACGCGCCAUGGACAGGUUGCUCCGCGAGAUGUGUGCUGUCUACCAGUCUCUGCUGCAGCACGACAGUACGACACCGCUUCUGGCGUCGGAGGCCGGCGAUGUGGGUGCGGCGAGGGAAAGACUCGCAGAGCGAUUCCGGUUCGAGAACUUGAAAUCCAUGCUCUGGAGCGUUGGCUAUCGCGUCGGGGAGAACUCGAGCUCUAUGCUGCAGGACGUCCAGGCCGGCAAGAGUACCGAGGUUCGUGAUUUCAAUGGCUGGAUUGUCGACAUGGCCAGCUUCCUUGGCGGCGGUCUCGACACGUUGGCAAAUCAGCGCCUCAUCGGCUUGGUGGAGGAUGGCCAAGUAUUGGACGCACCGGCGCUCGCUGACAGACUUCUGUCAAGAUGA